AGUAUUGCGUCGCUUAGUUGAGUUAUGCAGGAAAUCGAAGCCAAGUUAAAACCGGUGUCAGGACACCGAGUCCGGAUCUCACCUGUUCCAACUCUAACCGGUCCGUCCGACACAAUAACCUACUGUGGACAAGGACUCUGGCCCAGCGGCCACGUUAGCGUUUGACAGGCGGCUGCAGGUCAACGUUAGUACUUCAAAAAAAUAAGAUAUAGAGUGUUCUUUUUGGUUAGGUUCACCUGUGUCGCGCACAACACGAGCAAUUCCGUUUCGUCAAGUUACCUGUCUCGGGUGCCAGUCCGCGUGCGUAACGCGAUUUUGCAACUUCAACCUGUUGGAAACCUUUUAAUAUGAAAGAGAAAGAGGAAAGUAAGGUGUUUGUAGGCCCGAGACAACAACUGACUAGGCAAGCAUUUUUCAACAACUUAAAGUCCUGCUAUCUGGAAUCUAGUGACAUAGUUUUAGUUGCAGUGUAAAUGUACAUGUGGUGAGACCUGGUUUAUGCAGCGCUGCUCCUGUCGCUCUCCACACACGUGGUUGACUUUGGACCGUUUGGCAUUGAAUGAAUCUUCUCGCUUUUUGCUAAGACAGUAGAUGCCACAGUCUUGAGUUCAACCUGGAUUCAGCUCCCCACUGCUCGCGUGUGAUCAGGACUAAUGGAGACAACGGGAGUUUGUGAGAUUGAUGUGGCAACCAGAAGAAUAGUAGGAGGCAGCGAUUCUCCACCCGAACUGGACAGCCGGUGUCAGGAGGAGGUUGCAGAGUUUGAUUUAGGGCUCUGCUGCGCUGAGGAGGAGAGGGGGGAAACUCCAGGCAGAGAGGACAGUCCCAGUGAUCUGGGGGAGGCCGAGCUUGAUCCUGGAGGAGACCCCAAGACUGGAGAGGACAAGUCUUUUGGGAAGGAGGUCAUUCUCCUGAUGCAGGCUCUGAACUCCCUGUCCACUCCUGAGGAGAAACUGGCUGCUUUGUGCAAGAAAUAUGCCGACCUGCUGGAGGAGAGCCGCUGCAUGCAGAAGCGACUGAAAGCCCUCCAGAAGAAGCAGUCUCAGAUUGUAAAGGAGAAGAUCCACCUGCAGGGGGAGCACAGCAAGGCCAUCCUGGCCCGCAGCAAGCUGGAGAGCCUGUGUAGGGAGCUGCAGAGGCACAACAAAACACUCAAGGACGAGAACGCCCAGCGGUCCAGGGAGUAUGAGGAGCAGCGGAAGGAGGCCAUGCUGCACUUCCAGAUGACCUUGAGUGACAUUGAGGUGCAGAUGGAGCAGCACAGCUCCCACAACACCAAGCUGCGGCAGGAGAACAUGGAGCUGGCCGAGAAGCUGAAAAAGCUCAUCGAGCAGUACGAGCUCAGAGAGGAGCACAUAGACAAGGUGUUCAAGCACAAGGAGCUGCAGCAGCAGCUGAUGGACGCGAAGCUGCAGAGGAUUACUGAGAUGAUGAAGGAAGUGGAGGAGAAGCAGCAGAGAGAGCGGGACUUUCUGCUGAAGGAUGCCACAGAGUCCAGGCGAAAGUGUGAGCUGAUGAAGGAGCAAGAAACACAGCUCAAACAACAGCUCUCCCUGUACAUGGACAAGUUCGAAGAGUUUCAGAGCACUCUCGCUAAAAGCAACGAGGUCUUCACCACUUUCAGACAAGAGAUGGAAAAGAUGACCAAGAAGAUCAAGAAGCUGGAGAAGGAGACGACGCAGUGGAAGACCAAAUGGGAGAGCAAUAACCAGGCCCUGCUGCAGAUGGCCGAGGAGAAAACUCUGCGCGACGGCCACUUCAAGGCCCUGCAGGGGAAGCUGGAGCUGCUGGAGAGGCUGUGCCGAGCCCUGCAGAAGGAGAGGAACGACCUGAACAACCGGCUCAGCCUCCUGCAGGAGCAGGAAGACAAAGGGACUGCAGCAGCUCCUGAAGACCAGCGACAGGAGCCUUCAGAGGAGGAGGAGGGAGAAGUGGAUGGUGAGGAGGGCGAGGUGUUGGAGGAGGGCGACCGACAGGAGAUGGAGGGCGUCCACCAAGCUCCGAGACCACCUGAACUUGACUCCUCACUGGCUGAUACCGACAUAACCACUACUGCUACGACGACAAGCCAGUCUGCAGACACACCGACCGCACAGCAAGACUGAGCGCACCUUGUGUGUGUGUGAGAAGGGUGUGAUAAGAGGGCUCAAGACCCCUCAGCCUAGUUCCACAACUAGCCAGACAAACCAUCUUCAAUGGAGAUUUAGAUUUACUUUUUUGUUUUUAAAGUCUACACUUGCCUCUGCAAGGGUUUCUACACAGAAACUGAGCCCAUAUCUUUUUGUUUUGUGUGUAACUGUUUCAGAAGAAUAAAGUGACCAUAUCAAAGAAUCUACUCGAAAGCGUUUGCCCACGGUUAUGAUAGUAGGUUUCGUGGCGGGGAACUUUGUACUCCAUUUUCUACCAUAAGUGUAUUUUCAUAAGAAAUGGCCAUGCAGUUGAACUGAAGCAGUUCUAAAAAAAUCUUUCACUUAUCCUGUCACACGAUCUUGUCCCUGUGGCGUCACGUCUCUUUGGGAAUCCUGUUUUGACUCAUUCAGAAGUGGCGCCGUCACACGCUUCUUUCAUAAGUACAUUAGUGUCAACGAAGCUUCCGGAGGAGGGAGGGACGUUAUUAUGAUAUUGAACUAACGCUAACAUCAGACGGCACAAUGACCCACCAAGUUGGCUGGCUGGCUUGUUCAGCACUGGUUAGCAAGCUAGCAAGUAGGGCUAUCAGUUUUUGUUGUUGUUUUUUUCUAAUCAGAAAUGAUCUGAGGUGUAAUUAUCAGUUUGAAGUGGAAAAGCAGAGCCGGCUGUGCAGUGUCACUUGCUUGUCUAAGAAGUAAAAAAUAACCCAAAUUCUAAUUACAUUGCACUGGGAAAAAAUUGUGUAAAAACUUUAAAAAAGCCGAGAGAACUUGGGCAAACCUUCGGCUCCUUUAACAUCAAUCGUAAGUGGGUGUGAACUCUUGGAAAUAAUUAAUAAAUAACUUUUGUGGUAAUUAAUGAAGCUGUCCAACACUUAAAUGGGUAGUAAGCUUUUCUAAAGCAAUACACCUUUUGUAAAAAAAAUAUCAGCCAAAAUUUCCUCACCGUCCGCUAGCUGUCGGUUCUGUGUGCGCGGCAGAAAAAAACACCAGGUUUUUCGGCUCAGCCCAGGCUCUGUAAAUCGGAAAAAAAACCCACCAAAAAAUGAUGCGGGCUGCACCUCACAAAACUGUGUGCAGACACCUUGAGAGACGUGCUGGCGGUUGAUGCCACAAAAAACAACUGCCCCUUUAAAGCCUGCUUCACAGUGACAGCCUGUCCCUCAGUUGAGCUUCUGGAGGCAGACAAGUAGGAUUAGACUCUGUGGCUUCAGUUCAAAUAAUCUCUAAACAAAUCGCUGUCUGGGAGCUGUGACAGUUCUGCUUGGUGGUGACCUUAUGACCUGUACUGCAACCAACCACCAAGGGGGAAAAAGGAUGAUUUGGGGUCACUAUUGGGAGCUGUCAUGUAGUCCAUUUUUACACACGUUGCUUUGCAUAAUGAAAUUAUUUGUAUCAAAUCCAAUUUUUGUUACAACUUGUGGUUGGACUUUUUUUCCCCCCCAGCAACAUUAUGUAAUUUGAAUACAGUCUGGCAUGUUAGAAUUAGAUGGGGGUGCAUAAGAUUAUAAUAUAUUUCUGUUUUCCCCAACUGCGAGUAAUAUUAGGAUGACAUCGGUCGUCGCUACAGGCCUCCAUUUUUAUACCAAUAGGUCAGCAACUAUUGGAGGGCCCCCUGUGGACCACAAGUUCUUAGCAGUUCACACGCUCUGAUGUGCUUGGAGAUGGUAAAUGUUGCAUUCGAAGUAGUCACUACGGUUUGAAUAUCAAAACAUCUCUCACAUUCUGAAUGCUUGAAUUAGAAAUAAAAUUGCGCAGGUUCAUGGGCUCAAUUAGAGCUGCAACUAAUUAUACUUUUCAUACUAAACAAAUCUAUUAAUCAACAGAUUAAUCGAUUUUAGUUCAUAAAUUGGUGAAAAAUUUUGAUCGUGUUAAUUACAAGACUCCCUGUUCUUUCCCAUAUUUUUUUGUUGAGAAAUGCUUUUUAAAAUACAAAGUGAUUGUAACGGCACCGUUUAACCUGCUAUUCCAGCUCACCAGCCUGUUCUGCCAUCAGUCCCUUCAGCACGCGGCAACUCGCGAGUGGAGGAGGCUGUUUCAAAUCACCUUUUCAAAUCACCUUUUCCUUUAAAAAUGUGUAAAAAAACAGGCCGCUCGUUGCUCAACCGUGAGGUCGGAGAAGUGUGUGCUUUUUACCAUCACGCUGUGUGCAGAUGUGAGUGUCUGUAACUCCAGCAGCAUGUUUCCUCUCUGCCAUUGUCCCAGACUGACUCUCAGGUACUGUCAGAAUCUACCUCUGUAGGUGAGACUAACUGUGAAAGAAGAGGCACGAAGCACCACAGCAUUAUUUUGACUUAUAAAAAUAAAAUUUAAAAAAGCCCACUCCCUCUUUGACUGUACAAUGUUCUUAUAGUCCUUUCUUUUCAAUAAACAUUUUGUAGAAUUUG